AUGGAUCAUUUAUUAUACUACGUCAUGGUUCAUAAUAAUACCAUACAGCCAAUAAUUGUCAGACAACCUUCAGCUGUUGUAAUUCAUACUCAGCCGAAUCCACCAAUAACCCUAGAUUUGCCGCCCCAAAAUAUAAUUCUAAAAAACGAUGAACCACAGCCUAUCAUAGUUAGACAACAAAACCCAAAUGUCAUAAUACAAAAGUCACAAAACGAGUUUUCUGAUAAUUUUAAUUAUACACUAGGUCUGAAUAACCAGAUGAAAGAACUCACUUCCAUGGGGUACCCUAACACUGUAAAUGCUCAGGAAACAAAUGAACAUGUCUUUGGAGUAACUAAUACCGCAGCGAACCAACUUAUGGAUCCAUCAUACAUGUAUCAUAAUCAAUAUAUAGUACCUCAAAAUAAAUCUCAACCUUUGAACAAUAUGUAUUUUUCUAAUGUCCCUCUAGCAAAUGAAAACAGUUAUUCCCCUUAUAAUGUGACGCUAUAUGCGAAUAAAAGAGAUGACUAUACGAAAAAUACCCCUUCAAAAUGUUAG